GUACAAUACCUACCUGACCUGCAUCUAUCUACCUACAUCUCUACUGCUAAGGUACCUUCACCCACUAUACAGUAAGGUUAGGUACUGUAUCAUUUGCUCAUUCGCAGCCCAUUCUUAGCCCACUUUGCCCGCCUGCCUUUACUUCAGAUUACCUACAUACAUAUACAUCCAUACCUACCAUUGCACGGGCAGCACGGGCAGCACGGGCAGCACUACAUGUACCAAAGACCGUUCCCGCAUCAAUGCAGGCGCAGACGCUGUCCGACUUUUCUACCUCUCUAUUUCUCUACCGUACAUUAGGACUGUACAUCAAGACUGUACAAAACAUCGUACCUCAUUCGUACAUUAAUUAGGUACCUCAAUACGGAGUAGACUCCCUGUAGGCUCUAGCCUCUCAUCUUCCCUCAACCACCUGACUUCGAUCUCUUCUUUUUCGUCCUUUUUCCACCUUGCGAAUAUUACCCAUUUCUCCCAAACAUCACUUCUUUUUACCUCGUCAUUGCUUGCUUUACAGAGUAAACGUGGAAAUUAAUUUCCUUUCCUUUUCCCUCUUAACUCUCUGGCAUAAUCACUUGUUACUCCUCGCGGGGAGUUUUGGCUUUGGCCUCGCUAUUUAUUAUCAUCCCGGCUCCAUAGCGCCCCCUCUCUCCGUGUCCAAAUAACACCUCUGCUAAUCGGGUCUCCCGAGAGUCUUCCUAAGAGUCUUCGGUAGAGAAGAGAGAAGAACUGUCUUGUGGUUUUAUAAUGAUGGCGUCUAAAACAAUUGCUAUUCCGGCUGUCCGAUCUUCGGCUACAGCCUACAGCCAAUCUCCCAAGGCUACUACUAGCAGCUCAUCUUCCUCAUAUUCAAGCUCUCCGCAAACCCCUAGUCCUAGUGAAGCGUCGUCAGUGCAGUCCGCAAGCAAACCGAAAUCAACCCACCACCGUCGACCUAGUUUAUUGAGCUCCGCCUUUUGCAAGGACGAGUGCACCGUUAUCAACAUCGGAGACCCUGAUGGGGCACCUCGAUUGAUCUCGUACCUCGCCUCGAGUCAAGGCUUCGCAUGGAACCCCGAGCUGUUCGUCCCCUCGUACGUCGAAUGCGAUUAUAUACCCCUAGAGAACCGUAGGGAGCCUGUACAUGAGAUUCGACUUAGUGACGAAGAGAUCAAGGGGAUGCUACCAUAACUGGCAACCCCGUCUAGAGGCCCGCUACGGGAUUUGUCUUUAGCGUCACUACAAUCGAUCUCACGGAGCGUCGUUUCUUCCUAGAUACACAUAACCCUCGCGAGGAUACCUUUGCCAUUUUCACGAAUACUUCGGCGUCUGGAUUCAGGCUAUAUCAUUGCCUGGAUGGAUUGUGGAUAUCAAUCUCGGCAUUUUCCUAUUGCGCGGCGCGGCUUGGAGGAACCAACAUCAUACAUAGUACAUUGACUUGGACGGAUAGGAAUAUUGUUACAUGGGAUGCCCACGCCCGGAGGGCCUAGGAGUUUCUCGUGGGUACUGUAUGAUUACAUGAAGGUUACAUGAAUGCCCUCAAAAGGGGGCUGGCGUUGGUAUUCCCUGGUUGCUCUUGAUUUUAUUGGGCCGACUCUUUUCUCUCUACUUUUCUCUCUACCUUUCCUCCUCGUUUUCGGCUAAGCAAUAGGUUAUUGUUGGUAGAUAAGGGCGUUACUUUCUCAACUUCGUAGGUAAUAGAAAGAUUGCAUUUAUUAGGCACUUGUGGCUAUCGCGCUAGGAAGUGAUUUCAAUGCUUCUCUACCUAAUCUAACCUAACCUAAUUUUUUAUAUCGUACCCUAUUCGCAUUCAAGAGAGGAUAUCUGCAGACCAGUACUUGCAUUGAAAGGGUUAACUGCAUAGGUACCCACGGUAAUACGUAGGGGCUUAGAUAGAGUUGCAGAUGCCGAAGUUGUAAC